AUAAUUUUCUUUUAAAAAAAUCUGUAUGAAAGAUUGAGCUGUCAAUCUUCCAUUGGCGACCAUGGAUGCACUCGAAUAACGUCCUCUCCAUCUCUGUUACCAUCAUCCUCGUGAACAGACGUCCGGUCCGGUGACAGAGAGAGAACGGAAACCCCUUGAGUGGGACAGAUAAAGAUAGAGAGACAAAAUAGGGAACUGUUUGUCGAAUCCGUCAUCGGCGGCGCCGAAGGCGAAGGGGCUUCCUCAGCCGCAGAAGCAGCUAGAGAAGCCCGUGCUUCCUUCGGAGACCGCUAACAUGAAGGGCCUCUUCAAGUCUAAGCCUCGCACCCCUCCCGACGUCGUCCGCCAGACCCGCGAUCUCCUCCUCUACGCCCAGCGCAGUAGCAGCGGCAGCUCCGAUACCCGCGAGAGCAAGCGCGAGGAGAAGAUGUCGGAGUUGUGUAAAAAUUUAAGGGAGCUAAAGUCAAUUCUUUAUGGAGAUAGUGAAUCUGAGCCAGUUGCAGAAGCUUGUGCACAAUUGACCCAGGAGUUUUUUAAAGAGAACACACUGCGGCUUCUGAUUUUAUGUCUUCCGAAAUUGAAUUUGGAGGCUCGAAAAGAUGCCACUCAAGUUGUUGCAAAUUUACAAAGGCAACAAGUUCAUUCAAGACUAAUUGCAUCUGAUUACUUGGAAGCAAACAUAGAUCUAAUGGAUAUUCUGAUAACAGGUUAUGAAAACGCAGACAUGGCAUUACACUAUGGUGCAAUGCUGAGGGAGUGCAUUCGUCACCAGAGUGUUGCAAGAUAUGUUUUGGAAUCUCAACACAUGAAGAAGUUUUUUGAUUAUAUUCAACUUCCAAAUUUUGACAUUGCCGCAGAUGCUGCCGCAACUUUUAAGGAACUCCUGACAAGGCAUAAAUCAACUGUUGCGGAGUUUCUUUCUAAGAAUUAUGACUGGUUCUUUGCUGAGUAUAACUCAAAGUUACUGGAAUCUACUAAUUACAUCACCAGACGACAAGCCAUCAAGCUGUUGGGAGAUAUGCUACUGGAUCGUUCAAAUUCGGCCAUAAUGACAAGAUACGUUAGCUCAAGGGACAACUUGAGGAUUCUUAUGAAUCUUCUCAGAGAGUCCAGCAAGAGCAUCCAGAUAGAAGCAUUUCACGUGUUUAAGCUAUUUGCGGCUAAUCAAAACAAACCUCCCGACAUAGUCAGCAUACUUGUUGCAAACAAAAGCAAGCUUUUAAGGCUGUUUGCUGAUUUCAAACCAGAUAAGGAGGAUGAAGAGUUUGAGGCUGACAAAGUUCAAGUUGUGAAAGAAAUUGCUGCCCUCGAACCUAGGGAAUCUUGAGACCACCCAGGAGCCAGCUCUAUUUUGUUUCGAAGUUACCGUGUUUCUGUAACUCAAUUUAAUUGUUAAUUUUUCUACUCUUGUAGCCCCCAAGCAUUGGACGCUAUUAAGAUCCGACGUGGCCUUUUUUCUUGCUCGAUUCCUGUCCCGUAGUUUCCCAUAUUCCUGUCCUGUAAUCUAAAUAUACUUCUGUAAUGUAGAUAAAUAAGAUGAUUUUCCUUUUGAAUUCA